UUCCUGUUUGUAUAUGGUUGGAACAUGGACUUACACACACGAAGACACUUGGUUUGAGACCAGUAUAGUCAACAAAUCAUUUAAAUCUACUCUGUUUGACACAAAGGGACAUUAACUGUUCGUAAAUGGUAUUAUCCGACUGAGCAGUCUUGUGGUUUUUGGAGAACCUGACGUUAUUGCUAACGUUAUCGCUGGCCAGCUGGCUGAGUCGGAUUAACAUGUCUGAUCAUGAGUACGAGGAGCAGCUGGCUGGGAGUUUCGGAGUGGACACCUUCAGUAAAGACUUCGACUACGGUGUGGAAGAGCCAGACACCGAAGAGACGCUGUCCUCAUCCACGGACAGCAAGCCAAGGAUAUUGCUGAUGGGUUUGAGACGGAGUGGUAAAUCUUCUAUACAGAAGGUGGUGUUCCACAAGAUGUCCCCCAACGAGACACUUUUUCUAGAGAGCACCAACAAAAUCUAUAAAGACGAUAUUAGCGGUAGUUCCUUUGUAAACUUUCAGAUAUGGGAUUUUCCAGGACAGGUGGACUUUUUUGACCCUACCUUCGAUUAUGAGAUGAUUUUCAGGGGUACAGGAGCUUUGAUUUUUGUCAUUGAUGCACAGGAUGAUUAUGUGGAGGCCCUAGGAAGGCUGCACCUCACUGUAACCCGGGCCUACAGGGUCAACCCCAACAUCAACUUUGAGGUUUUCGUGCACAAGGUGGAUGGCCUGUCGGACGACCACAAGAUCGAGACUCAGCGAGACAUCCACCAGAGGGCUAACGAUGACCUGGCCGACGCUAGCUUGGAGAAACUCCAUCUCAGCUUCUACCUGACCAGCAUCUACGACCAUUCUAUUUUCGAAGCCUUCAGUAAAGUGGUCCAGAAACUCAUCUCCCAGCUUCCCACGCUGGAGAACCUGCUCAACAUCUUUAUAUCAAAUUCAGGAAUCGAGAAAGCGUUCCUGUUCGACGUGGUCAGUAAGAUCUACAUCGCUACAGAUAGUUCCCCUGUAGACAUGCAGUCCUACGAGCUUUGCUGUGACAUGAUUGACGUGGUCAUCGAUGUCUCCUGUAUUUAUGGGCUGAAGGAGGAUGGCACUGGCAGCGCGUAUGAUAAAGACUCGCUAGCAAUCAUCAAGCUGAAUAACACUACUGUGCUCUACCUGAAAGAGGUCACCAAGUUCCUCUCCCUCGUCUGUAUCCUCCGAGAGGAGAGCUUCGAGAAGAAAGGUUUGAUAGACUACAACUUCCACUGUUUUCGGAAGGCCAUCCAUGAGGUAUUUGAGGUAGCCUCUGUGGCUCGGAAGGGUCUUCUCAGUAUGCAGCCCAGCUCGCCCUGCACCACUGUUAAAUCCACCGCCCUCAACGGCACGCCCAGGGUACUGGUGUGAGGAGCUCCGGCGCACCCUGGACGCAGGCAGCAGUCUGCGCAGACUUUUCCUCACUGAACUGAACUCGCUCGAAUGCUGGAACUGCAGGGCUGUGUGGAGGAAGCCUUGCUGAACUGGGAACAGAUCUGAAGGGUGAACUGUACUGCUGCUUUUAAAAGUGAGUGUGUGUGUGUGUGUGUGUGUGUGUGUGUGUGUGUGUGUGUGUGUGUGUGUGUGUGUGUGUUUACGUGUUCACAUGUUCACGUACACAGGGUAUGAUGGGAGGGUUCACCCAGCUCUCUUUGGAAACACUUGAUCUUAGCAGCUAUAACUUUAGCAAGCAGUUGAAAAUGGUCUCUGCUUUCUCAGUCCUGAAGUCCUCAUACAGGCAGGAAUGCUGGAUUUACUUAAAAGCAGGCGUGCUAAACUUGCAGUGCAGUUAUUGUGACCUUUUACAGUGAGCUAGUUCUCCCAGCAAAGGUGUGUGUGUGUGUGUGUGUGUGUGUGUGUGUGUGUGUGUGUGUGUGUGUGUGUGUGUGUGUGUGUGUGUGUGUGUGUGUGUGUGUGUGUGUGUGUGUGUUUGUAGGUGGGUGGGUAUGAACAAUGUAAACAGGAGAAUGUGCACCAAGGAAUUAUCCAUUUAUUCUGCGCAGCCACUGAGAUGUGUAUUUGGGUGUUACUAACCGAAGUCGCAGUUAAUCUCUGCUUGAGUUACAUUGAGGAUGUAAAAAAAAAAAAAAAAAAAGUGUAAAGCUGAAGUGGACAGCAUGGUAGCUGAUGGUGUGCUCUACAAUAGCUUAUCACACAUGGACAGGCAGUCUCUACGCAUCAAACAAAGUGACUGAUCAGGGCUUAAAAGCGUUAAUCCAUCGUUUUGUAGCAGAACUGUCAUAAAGUGCAUUUUUCUGCCUUUAUAAAGAAAUACCUCAGAAGACAUCUGAGCAGUCAUGGAUGUUUUUGAGGCAAACUGAGCGAAUUCAUGAAACUUUAUCCUUGGCACUCUUUUCCAAUGUCAUUCAGUCCACAAAAUUUCACAUCCUUGGAUGUUUAAGUAUUCUAGAAGGUUUUCAAAAGCAGGUGCUGCCAUGGUUUUGCCUGGUGUGGUGAUGGAGCAACUGUAAACUGUACCAACUGUAAACCUAUACUGUACUUUACUUUGGCUCCAGAAUGCAAGGCAGUGAGACACAAAUGAGAGCUCUCGGGUCUACCAGGCUUUCCAUGCUAGCUAGAUGGCGUUUGUGCACAUAGGGUCAUCUGUGGGAGGUCUGUGAUCGAUUAGACUGCGCCCCAAGGCUCUCAUCAAACUUGGCUCUAUUUGUGGUUUCUUGGUCCUAAGACAGUAGCAUUACUACAUUGUGGGUGCCCGUGUAUGUGGCUGCGUGCACUUGUCACAUGCACGCACGCAUGCAAGAAAGCACUUUUAGGAUUGUGAUGGAUCUUUCCGGCUGCUCUUUUCACUCAUGCACUCAGCUGUGUUGUAAAGGUGCAAACAGAAAGAACCUGAGCUUGGUUUCAGACGCACAUCAUUGAAUAACACAUGCAAUUAAAUGAAGUAUCACUUCAGAUGCAUCCUGUGCUGCAUAGCGAUUCUUAAUCGCAUGACACACCAGCCAAUAUUUUUUUACAUUUUAGUUUAUUUUUUUAAAGAAAGGAUGCAGAUGCUGAACUAGACUAGUGCAUCUGUGCGUCAUUCUUGGGAAGUAUCUAGGAAGUUCUCCCCCACACCGAACUGGUUUCUUUGUUUUUUUUCCCCAGGACAUUCUCAAGCUGACUGCUAUCAGCAUGUUAGUGUUGUAAGGGUCUGUGUGUUUAGGGGAACGCGGCCCUGAGGUAUUUACAUAUGGUCCCAGUAAUGAAGCAUUGCCAGUGUGGGGGCAGAAGGGCUGAGGCUGGGGUCUCUGGUAUGAGACACAUUUCCACAUUCUGCUGCACAUUUUGUGGUCCAAAAGGGUUUUUGUUUGUUUGUUUGUUGUUUUUUUUACACAGUAUUUUAUAUAUCUUUGUGUUCAGAAAUGCACAUCGUGUGUUUGUGUGUGUCAGAGUGAGAAGGUGGAAGUGAAACAAGCUAUUGCUUGUGCAUGUGUGU